CUUUAUCGACACCAUGGCUUUAAGCUUCAUCGGAAAGACGAUUUCUCUCAUCUCGCAUUCAGAUGUUCGAUAUAGAGGCAUUCUGGCGGGUAUCGACCCCCAAGCCUCGACGAUCUCCCUGCAGAAUGUCUAUUCAAUGGGAACGGAAUCGCGACGGCCUCCAGCAGAAUAUAUCCCCCCUGCACCGGAUCCAUAUGCGUUCAUUGUAUUCAAAGCUGCAGAAGUGAAGGACUUGUCGGUCGACGAACAGCAGAUGCCGCCGCCACCCCGUCGCCCGCUCGAUGACCCCGCAAUCAUGUCUUCUGCACCUUUGAACGCGAAUGCCUAUGCUCCUUACGCACCGCCGGCGCCCACCGCGAUUCCCCCGCAGCAUCAGCAGCAAGUUCCCCCCGGUUACGCUCCUCGACCUCCCCAGCCCGUCCAACAGCUCCCGCCCCAGGCACAACAACAACCCCUCCAACAAGCUCCUCCUCCCCAGCAACAGCAAUCCCCCGCUCCUCCUGCAACCGCUGCCCAAGUCGCCGCCGGAACCACGGGCCAAGCUCCUGCCCUUGAUGCCUCUCGUCCUCCCCAGCAGCAGCAGCAGCAACAACACCAACAGCAGCAACAACAACCCCGCCGCCCCAACGCCGUCCAAACCGCCGCAGCGUCACUGGAAACCGUCGAACGCGCCCUCGGCGACCUUCGCGUCUCCAACGGCACCACCGUCGCCACCGCCGCAGCUGUCGUCACUCACCACAACCACACUGGAGGGCGCGGCGGACGUCGUGGCGGCGGCCCUCGCAAUGCCCGCGGCGAAGGAACCCACGAGAUCAAGGUCCCCAAGACCGACUUUGAUUUCGAGUCGAUGAACGCUAAAUUCGAUAAAGCCGCUUUGGCUGCCGCUGUUGGCCCCAAGGAUGCAUCGAAUGGACCUCUGAGCGCCGCUGCUGCUGGAACUAACGGUGGUGGUACCGCUGCUGGAUCAUCCGAUGGUGCACCUGCUGAGGGUGCUGCUGAAGGCGAGCAGCAACCCGCCAAGGAGAAGGGACCCGUUGCGUAUAACCCCAAGACCUCGUUCUUUGACACUCUUUCAUCCAAUACUGCUCCUGAGCAGGGUGGAAGGGGCGGUGGACGCGGUGGACGCGGUCGAGGUGCCGGUCGUAACAGGCGAGAGGAGGAGAGGGAGAAGAAUGUGGCUACUUUUGGCGAGCCUGGUGGGUUGGGCUUGAUGGGUCCUGGUGCUUAUGUUGGUGGAUGGGGCGGAUACGGAAGGCGUGGUGGAGGCCGGGGUCGUGGACGAGGUGGACGUGGUGGAGGACAUGCUGCCAGGGACAACAACCAGGCUAUCCCUGCUCGUGGAUGAAUGCUGGAGUUCUGAUGUGAUAGCCCGCGUUUUUGCUUUUGACCUUGGUUGAUGGUUAGGGAGUAUCUUCUUACCUUCCCUUUUUGAAGUUUUCGUGGUCGUUCGAGGUUUUGGCUUUGUUCUUAGCUUCAGAGUACGUAUUUGUACGCGGGCUCGUUUGUUGUAAGUUGCCGAGUCGAUGAUUCCAUGUUCUGUGUUUUUGGUACGCCCUCGAUAUCGAGAAUUCUGUGUGUACCACCA